AUGAGGGUCAACGACGCACAGAAAAUAGAGGAGGGGCUCCAUUCUGAUGGGAGUACCCCAGGAGGGGUCACCACAGCAGAGAACUGUCUGCAAAGUAGAAAAAUCUGGACAGGAAAUGAGAGGAACAAAGGACCAACAAGAAGGCAUCAUGACCGGAGACUGAGAGCGCUCCCACAGCCCCGGGCGGGCGCUGCCUGCGCCUCGCUCCGCCCCCCGCAGCGCGAGCCCGCCAAGAAGCUGCAGAGCACUGGGCGCCAUGGCCGACCCGAUGAGCGGUGGGAAGCUAGGCCGGAGGCCAGGGCAGGUAGGAGCUGUCGGGCGGUGGCCGUGAGCAUCGCCCUAGCCUGGCCCCUCAGGCCCAGCCCGACAAGAGUGCACCCAGGAGGCUCCAUCCCGGGCCCGGAGCUCGGCUCCGGUGUGGGGCUGUUACUUGAGGCCAGCAAGCCACCAGGCCAGACUUCGAACCCCCUGACCCUGGAGCCCGGAGCAGAGCCACGGGCCAGUCUUGGAAUUGCGAGACCCGGUUUGAGCUUUCCUACAGGAGAGGUUUGGGCCCUAGGGGCGCGCAUUUAUCUGCCUGUAUUCCCGUUGUCCCUGUCCUUCCUUGCACUGUUCGCCUUUCGAAGAUGGCGACCCAAGGUGGCCCAGCUCAAACAAAGCCUGCUUGCCAGUGUACGCAGCAUCCGUGCUCCGCAGAUAGAGGCCCCAGAAAUGCACCUUGACCAGACCCUUGGAACAAGCUUCUGGAAACGGAAUUAUUUCGUGGAGCAGGGGAAACUAGACCUUCUGCUGGUUGGAGAUGCCACAAGAUACUUCCUGACUGGCUCUAUACAGAAAUUCUUUUCCAGCACAGCACACUUCACCCUGACCGUCAGCGAUGUGAAGAAGGUAGCCGCGCUUUUGGCUGCCAACUCAUUCGACAUCAUCUUCUUGAAGGUGACUUCCACCUUAACCGCGGAGGAGCUGGAGGCUGUCAAGUCCAUUCGAUCUGGCAAGAAGAAAAACACCCGUUUGCUGUUUGUUUUUAUAAAACCUGAAAAGUUUAAAGGCUGUAUUUCAGACUAUGGAGUGGAUAUUAGUUUCCCUGAGCCACUGACCUUGGGAAAAAUGGACAUGGUGGUAGAGUACUGGAAAGCAUAUUUCACAGGUAUGGAUAUGGAAAGCGCUGAGAGGCUUCCAGAACGUAGACUGCACCUCCAGACUUCCUCCAGUGAACUUGGGGAACACUUUUCUACUGAUCUGUUUCUUCGCUCUGGGCAGCUGAAAAAUGACAAAGAACUUGUAUUAAAGGCCCCACUGCCGGGUCCUGAGAGAAACAGAAAGACUUCUUUUCUUCAUUCGAGCAAAGAGAAGCUGAGGAGAGAGCGCAUCAAGUUUUGCUGUGAGCAGCUGCGUACUCUCCUGCCAUACGUCAAGGGGAGGAAGAGCGAUGUGGCUUCAGUUAUUGAAGCGACCGUUGAUUAUAUGAAGUAUGUCCGGGAGAAUCUCUCUCCAGCCAUCAUGGCCCAGAUUACAGAAUCCCUCCAGAGCAAUAAAAGGUUCUCGAAGAGACAAGUGCCCAUUGAGCUGUUCGCUCAACGUGCAGCCACAUCACAGAGGGACAGUGGUGUGCUGACAAGUGCUUACUCAUCUGUGAGGGAGAUCCAGCUCCUGGCUGACCAGUGCCUGACUGUGUAUUCCAGGCCUGCUGCGGAAGGGCCCUUGGAGGAAGCUGUAAGAGGCCAGUUAAGCUCUGUUUCGGAGAGCUCUAUUGAGGAUCUCUAUAAAACUCGAGUCCCCAGCGCAGCACUCUCGCUUAAUUCCUGCCAUGCUGUCGCAUACUGUCCUGGGGCUGUCCCUCCCCGUGAUUCAGCUGCCAGGACAAAUCAGAACAUCUCCAUUUAUUUACCGUCUGCUGUGUCCAGUGUCUCCAGCCUUCUUCCUCAGCACUGCAGUUCCAUGCUUUGCCAAACACGAGCAGCCAGUCCCAGUUGUCUGUGCACUCCAGGCCAGGAGCUGCCAGCCGGUUCUCUCACUACCUCAUCUGGCAUCUUCCGUGGGUUCCAGGACUCAGACUCAGACCGUCAGGCUUCUCAGCAGCUGCUUGGGCCUGCUGAGUCACUUCCCCAGCCUCAAGAAAACAAUUACUUUUGAGAGAAUAACUGUUGGAAAACCUGUAGGUUUAGAUGCCCGAAGACUCCAGUUGGCUUUAUAAACUACUUGGUGAUACAGAAAUGCAUUGUGACAUUGUGAGUAAGAAUGAGCUAGCCUGCAGUUAAAGUGAACGUCUCCCUCCUUUGCAGCGACAGUUUGGGACAUAUUAGCAAUCCGUGUUUGAGGCUCAUAUUCUAGACCGUGUGCUGGGCACGGCUGUUCAGUUCAGGAAGAAGGGACAAAGAAAGAUCUUUUGAAAGCUGCUGACCCUGCCUUCUGAUGAAUGUGCUAGAAUCUUCCAAAGAUACAUAGGAAGACAGUUAAUGGCACUGAUAGCCUUGUGUUCUCAGGCAUCUUCAUCCAUGCUGGGACUUCCUGGCCAGAGAGCUGUAAGCAGCAGCAGCCUGAGUGACCGCCUCCCCCUCCCAUUCGUUCUACCAGAAACUAUUGUUCCCUUUGUGAAAAUCAUACCACAAAGAAGACCUAUGUGGGUGCGAACAGCUAAGACCAGGAAGGCGUGUUGAUACUCCCAGGCCACCAAGCACAGAUCUUGCAGCCUGCUUAUUUCUGUCACUGAUUUCUAGUUGCUAUCUUGUCUAGAUUUGGCAUUUUAUUUGGUUGGGUUUUUUUUUUUGGUUUUUCGAGACAGGGUUUCUCUGGGUAGCUUUGCACCUUUCCUGGAACUCACUUGGUAUCCCAGGCUGGCCUUGAACUCACAGAGAUCCGCCUGCCUCUGCCUCCCGAGUGCUGGGAUUAAAGGUGUGCGCCACCACCGCCCGGCAUUUUAAAGAGCCCCCCUUUACAUUCAUCACCCGAACUAAAAUCUCCAGGGGCGUAGGGAGCGGUGUCUGCUUUUCCAGUUGGUGACUGAAUACGUUAGUAUGCUUUUGGUUGCAUUUUGCAACCAUGUGGGUGGAAUGAGGAGCUAAGAGGGGCACUUUCCUCGCUGGAUCUUUAGUUACGGAUCCACAGAUCUCUGCUUUGUCCUUUCUUCCUACGGGGUGUUGGAGCAACUGUUGGAAACAGGGAUGGGUACGGUUGUUUUAUAUUUCAUUGAAAUGUUCUUACACAAAAGUUUUAUUGUUCAAGUGUCCAGGUUUACCCUGUAAUCCAUUGUUUUGUUCAAUAAAAUGUUUUCUC